AUGUGGCAACCUGCUGGAGUACCGUGCACGUGUUGUCAGUGACAGCCUAUUGCCUAUUCCUGUCUAGGAAAGAUAAAUAUAAGGCCGUUUUUGCAUCGUUUUACACAAAAAAGAAAUGAAAAGGGUGAGCACUCAAAUCUGAGGAGAGGAUGCAGUUUUUUUUAUCAAACCGGCCCGGCCUUGGUUCUUGAAGCUGAAUCACUGGGAUUAUUUUUAAUUUGACUAGAUAAACUUCUCGAAUAAAUACCCUAUAACAACCAACGAACAAAAUGCAAAUGCAUUUUUACUCGUGCUAUUUUUAUUGUAGUAGAUUUUAGCUGCUACAACACUAUCCUUGUACGUUUAAAGUAUCCUGCAGAUAUUUCGAGAUAAUCCCUCGUUCGUGACAGAGGAACGAAUUUAUCACGGUCUAGUUGCUUUACGGAGUGUACACGCAGUUGCACUGGCAUGUAGCAUUACCUAAAGCGUGAGUUGAAGAUGUCGGGACUAGGACGGACUCUGUUUUGUAAUGUGAGAAUAAAGUGCCUGUAUCGGGGGGUGUUUAUUUGUAAUCCACACAGGUGUGCAAGGUUUCUGAUUCUCCAUAGAUACGACUCGCCGAAAGCCCUGUGCACAACGCCGCCGAAGAGCAGGACAUCCCCGCCGGCUGACGGUGACCAGCCCAUCAAGUUCUCCACCAGCAAGGCCAGCCAUCGCACGUGGACGGUGGACAAGUCCCUGGGCAGUGAGCAUCAGAAGCCCCUGUGGAAAGUCCUUCCCCUCAGCCUGCUAGGGAUCUCCUUACUGGUGUGGUGCUUCUUUCGGGAGGAAACCGAGAUAGACCGCCAGCUGGAAAAGAACCUUUACGAGUACCUUCCCGGAUUGCUGCCGCAGCCAGAGACUGAUGCUCCUGAAGAGGCCGCCAAAGAAAAUGGCCGGCCAAAUUCGUAGGCGUUAAGGCGUUAUCCUCUGUGUUUUUUAGUCUGUCCAUGUUCCCUCCCGUUCUCACCAUUUGUUUCAGUCUGUGUGAUUAAUGAGGGUCUUUGUACAUCUCUCUGAUGGAAACCUUGAUGAAAGAUAAGAGAAUGCUGUAGCUGCCCCCCACCUUUGUGUAUUUCAAUAAUGUGCGAUGUAAAUCUAAAGAAGGGUUCUUUACUCUCGCCAGAUCUAACUUUGUUACUCUACUAAACUUGGACCCCAAUUCAAAAUGCCACACCUCUGUCCUCAUCUACAGUAGGUGUGGUUAGCUCCGGUCCUCAUUGGCCUCGAGCCUUCACGGAGUUUUAAAUUGACAACCGAUGGAGACUUAAAAAUCUGAUUUGGUUUCUUAUUCAAGUGGUGAGGCCAUAUUUUUAAAAGAAGAAAGUAAAAUUGGCAGUGGAAAGAAAAUCAGAAGGUCCCCAUGUCUUUGAGAAUUGGAUUUGCCCUUCCCUGACCUAAAGUUGGGUUAAAAGAGACUUAGUCUUGGAUUUUUAAUCCACCCCCCCACAAAACCAUCUUAGAAACCAAAUAGUUACCCAUGCUUAGCUAGAAAUAGGUUGUUUUGGGUGACCUAUACCAUUUAUGUUCAGCAGAUCCGUUCUGGUCACUGCCAGCUGUUAAGGUAGCCCUGACUCAAACCUGCAGCAGCUGAGACUUCUGGGCUUAUGCAGGGCAACUACUGGCUGAGCAACGUGGGAGCACUCACUCCGGCAAAGUAAUCCUACUUUGUUGGGCCCCUGAGCUAGGCCCCUAACCCCCAACUGCCAUAUAAAUGGCUGACCCUGCGCUCUGACCCCAAGCUUCUCUCUCCCUGUCUGUGUGUCUCAUGGAGA